CAGAUCUCUUGUUCUUCAAGCGAAGAUAUAUCCGAAAAUCUUCUCCAGAUGAGCGUUACUGGCAGACGCCCGAGUGCCAAAAACAACUCCUAGCUGUUGUUAUGAAGGUUUUCUUGCUCCGAAGAGACUGACAACGAAUUGUAAAACAGCAAGGGACAUGCCUUGUAAGCAGUAACAUUUUCACUGUUGGAUUUGUGAAAAGCAUGAUUUCAAAUGGAGGCUGAUCACAUCAUCAGGAUUACAACAUCAGGAACAACUGGCGACAACUAAACAGCUCAUCUGAUUUUAAUUUAAACUACUCCAAUAAUGUUAUCUCAGACUUGCGAGGCUUAUGACCAAUCAGUUUUCUACUUCUACAACAAAACUGGGAAGCCCAUUACACCAGACUGGCGCACACAUGACUUUGUGGUGGUCGGACUUGGGAUCCCGAUAUGCCUCUUUAUUAUUCUUGCAAACAUGCUGGUAAUAGCUGCCAUCAUCAUCAACCGGCACUUCCACUUUCCAAUUUAUUACCUUCUUGGGAACAUGGCAGCUGCGGACCUUUUUGCCGGAAUCUCCUAUCUAUACCUUGUGUUCCAUACCGGGCCAUGGACUAUCAGUUUGACAGUGAAAGAGUGGUUUUUCCGUGGAGCUUUGAUUAAUAUGAGUCUCACUGCCUCUGUGGUCAACCUAUUGGCUGUGGCUGUGGAGCGUCAUCAGACCAUCUUUACCAUGCAGCUCCACAGCACCAUGACAAAGCGCCGUGUGUUGAUGCUGAUAGUUACCAUAUGGUUGGUGGCAAUCGUUAUGGGCCUGGUGCCCACCAUGGGCUGGAACUGUGUUUGUGACCUGUCCACCUGCUGCACUGUAGCUCCACUUUACUCACGCAGCUUCCUAAUAUUCUGGGCUCUUCUCAAUCUCCUGGCCUUCUUCAUUAUGGUGGCUGUGUACAUCCACAUCUUCAUAUAUGUCCGCCGUAGGAGCCAACAAAUGUCCCCUCAUAUCGAUCAGCCCUCACAUAAUCAGACUGUGAUCAGCCUUAUGAAGACCAUGUCCAUAAUUUUGGGUGCAUUUGUGAUCUGUUGGACGCCAGGUCUGGUCAUUCUAUUACUGGACGGUCUUAGUUGUACGGGCUGUGAGGUUCUUAAAUAUGAGAAGUACUGCCUGGUCCUGGCCGAGUGUAACUCUUUAGUGAACCCCAUCAUCUACUCUUUUCGGGACAAGGACAUGCGGGCCACCUACAAACACAUUUUCUGCUUCCCUUGGAGAAGAAUGCAUCAGCAUGAGGGGCCUUCUGGCAUCCGCUUCGAGCCUGUGAAUAUGGGCUGAAUCUGAGAAAAACAGCAAUAACUCCAUGUGCAUUGUCUUUAUAGAAAAGUAUUUCUUUGUGUAAAUAAAUGACUUUACAUCUGCUUAGUUAAAUGAUCACUGUGUACAGAGUAAAUAAUACUUACAUUUUUGAUAGUUUGUUUGGUGCAUGUUUUGUCUGUGUGACAGUCGAUUUAUUGAGGGGUAGGGUCUUUUUUUGUCCAUUAGUUAUGAGGAAUGGGCUGUUUGGUGCAUAUACAGGAAGCAGUUCUUUCCCCAAGCUCAUGCAUUAGCCUAAAAAUCAUCAAAUGGCUUUUUGGACCAAUUUAUUUAGCUGGAAAAUUUUAAAACAUCAGCUAGAAAAGAAAAACCGUUGAAAGAAAAAUUGUCAAAAUUGACAAUUUAUCUUUUGUUCAUUUUGCUGUAUUAUGGCCAAAAACAAUUAGAGGUGCUUAUUUUUAACAAACCCCUUACCCGUUCUUA